UUCUCAGUAAAAGCGACGAUGCCAAUAUGGGUGGUUCUUCUUUCACGGAUCAUAAUGAAGGAAAAGCAGACGACGAAGGUCUACUUGUCUCUGAUCCCCAUAAUAACCGGUGUCCUGUUGGCCACCGUCACGGAACUUUCCUUUGACAUGUGGGGACUGAUCAGUGCACUUGCUGCUACUCUGUGUUUUUCACUUCAGAACAUCUUCUCAAAGAAGGUGUUAAGAGAUUCCCGAAUACAUCAUCUUCGGUUGCUGAACAUACUUGGGUGCCAUGCUGUGUUCUUCAUGAUCCCAACGUGGGUUUUGGUAGAUCUUUCUUCCUUUUUGGUAGAGAAUGACUUGAGCACGAUGUCUCAUUGGUCCUGGACUUUGAUGCUGCUUAUAAUCAGUGGAUUCUGUAAUUUUGCCCAGAAUGUCAUCGCCUUCAGUAUUCUUAACCUGAUCAGCCCACUAAGUUACUCUGUCGCAAAUGCCACAAAAAGAAUCAUGGUCAUCACAGUGUCCCUUAUAAUGCUUCGCAAUCCGGUUACAAGCACCAAUGUCCUUGGAAUGAUGACAGCUAUCUUGGGGGUCUUCUUAUAUAACAAGACAAAAUAUGAUGCAAACCAAGAAGCAAAGAAGCAGCUACUUCCAGUUACAACUGCAGACCUUGUGAAUUUGGACCGGCAUCGAAACACUCCUGAAAAGUCUCAGAACGGACUUACGGCAUUUGCACAACAUGGAGACUAUCAGUAUGGUCGAACCAAUAUCUUAACAGACCACUUCCAGUAUAAUCGGCAAAACUAUCCAACUACCUACAACUUAAAUCGUUUUGAUAUAUAGAAUCCUGGCAAACAGGUGUAGACUGUGAUUGAAAGUGUCCCCAACAUUAUCAGAAACUUUUAGUACAUCCAUGAAUGUAAAGCCAUUUUAUUGUACAGGUUUUGCAGAAGGGAAGAUGCAUGUGUAGUGAAAGCGGUACAGACCUUCGACUUCUGCUGAGCAGACCUGGGAAACAGCUAGAUCUGACACUGGAACUAAAUGCACGGUGUUGUACAGAGAUUCUGGUGAAAUGCACGUACAAAACUUCAGAGUAAAACAUCUGCUGUCACUGCUCCUUUUCAGAGUCUGUCAACUGGUUAUUCUUUUGGCAGCUAAAUUCUGGCCAGUAUUUUGUUUCCACACCGGUAACGUCACCUUUAAUUUGUUCUCUGAUAUGUUUA